AUGGGCUCUCUUCACUGGGCUCAGAGCUUCGGGCAGCCGGGGAGGGCUGCUGGGUCUCUGUGGGGCUGGGCAGUGUCGAGGCUACACCUAGACUGGACAGCAAGAUUCUUUCCGGAGGACGAAGAGAUGCUGGUUCUGACCCGCAGUGAUGAGCUGAGCAGAAUCCACGCUGAGGACAAUAGAUUGCCAUAUGAGCGCAUCACAGGCACUGAUGACACCAGAAAAAACACAAACUCAUGCAGACAAAACGGCCUGUCUCUAACUGAGCAAGACACCAGAGCAGCUCCUACCCUGACAGGAGCCAGCAGCACUCCAUGGCAUGACAGUCUUAAAGAAACCAGAGCUACUGUAAUCUCCACUGGACCCAACACCAUCACCAUAACAUCAGCGGUUUCCACUGCAGACUCCCUUUGGUUAGGAAAUACCACAAGUUAUGGCAAUGGAAAAAGGUCCUCUGAGAUGCAAGCUGACAAUAUGGAAAGCAACAGUGAGGUGGGUAACAAGAGCAGAUCCUUCAGGCUGGCUAGGAAAUAUAAAGGGAAUUUACAAGAGCAGAGACUUUCUGAAGAUGGAGAGGAGAGAAGGGAGGGAAAGCAAACUGUGGAGGGGACUUCUCAGUUCUGUACCCGCCUUGAAGAAGAGAGAGCAAGGAUGAGUAUGGCUGAUCCGUGUCAGAGCCCCAAUACUGGCACCACUAGUCUGAAUCCAUCUCCAACCAUCACCGCCUGGGAGGCUGGCUGGAAUGUGACAAAUGCUAUACAGGGCAUCUUUGUGUUGGGUUUACCGUUUGCUCUGGUCCAGUCAGGUUAUGUGGGUCUGGUUCUGUUGGUUCUGUCGGCCUGGGUCUGUAACCACACCGGGAGGAUCCUGGUGGCCUGUCUGUAUGAAGAGGAACAAAGUGGGGGGUCUGGCUCUGUGUCAAAGGUCAGAGUCCGAGACAGCUACCAGGACAUAGUGGAGGCCUGCUGCAAAGGACUGUGGCCCAAUUGGCCUGGACUUGGGGGCUGGAUGGUUAAUGUAGCUCAGGUCAUUGAACUGAUGAUGACCUGCACUCUGUAUCUAGUCGUCUCCACCAGUCUGUUGUCUGACAGUUUGUCAGGAAUGGCUGUUCCCAGAUCAGUAUGUUCUCUGGUUUCAUUGGUGUUCCUGCUGCCCUGCCUGCUGCUGACUGAUCUCAGACCAGUAUCCACACUCAGCCUGCUCUGCUCCCUGGCUCACAUACUGAUCAGCCUGUUGGUCAUGCUGUACUGUCUGAGUCGAGCCAGCAGCUGGUCUUGGUCCUCUCUGUCUCUGUCUGUGGACCCGGAGGACUUCCUCGUCUCUGUGGGCGUCAUCAUCUUCUCCUACACCUCACAGAUCUUCCUCCCUCCUCUAGAGGGCAGUAUGGAGGACAGCGGGCAGUUUAAUGCUAUGCUGGGUUGGACCCAUGGUGCUGCCUGCAUCAUGAAAACUAUGUUUUCUUUACUGGCCGUGUUGACCUGGGGGGCAGAGACCAGUGAGGUCAUCACAGAUAACCUGCCCUCUGACCUUCGACCUCUAGUCAACCUGUGUCUGUUGGCAAAAGCCCUGCUGUCCUACCCUCUGCCAUUCUACUCUGCUGCUGAAAUACUACAAACCUGUCUGCUGAGAGACUCUGCGGCCUCACUGUACUCCAAACACGAUGGUCGAGGCGUGUCUCGUCCGGCCCUGCUAGUCCGCGGCACCCUGCUGAUGACAUCAUACUUGCUGGCCCUGCUGGUGCCCAGGUUUUCUCUGCUGAUGGGUUUGACAGGCAGCGUGACCGGGGCAGCCAUGACACUCAUACUGCCGUGCCUGUUUCACCUCAGACUGCGCUGGGACCACCUCACUUUGAGGGACCGGCUGAUAGAUGUUUGUAUACUGAGUCUGGGAGUCAUCUGUAGUGUUUCUGGUGUGAUUUGUUCAGUGAAAAGACUGGUGGAGGGACUGUAG